UUAGAGCAGAAAUGUUUUUUUUGACACAGGCCCAGGCCCUGUCCAAGUCUAAGUGCCUUCUCAUCACCGCAGCCCAAUGCGGAUCCCUUCUGCGACACUGCGGCACCACCCGCUCCCUCACCAACACCAAGAAACUCCACGCCCACACCAUCACUUCCGGCCUCCUCUUCUUCGACCACUCUGCACGCAUCCGUUCCAACCUCAUUGCUACAUAUGCCCUCUGUGGAGACGCAACAAAUGCGCGUCUUCUAUUCGACGAUUUACCUCGAAGAAACUCUUUGUUAUGGAACGUCAUGAUCAGGGUCUACUCCCAGAACGGUCUAUCAACUCUCGCACUCCACCUGUUUGUCGAAAUGCUCUCUUCUGGUCACAAUAACCCUGACAACUUCACCUUCCCUUUUGUCCUUAAGGCCUGUGCUGAAAUGUCGUUGCUUAACAUGGGUAUGUCCAUCCAUUGUCGAGCAUUGGCCACUGGGUUUGAUUCAGAUACUUACGUACAGAAUUCUUUACUGACGAUGUAUAUGAAUUGUGGCAAAACGGAGAUGGCCAGGCGGGUUUUUGACCGAAUGAAGGAGCAGACUGUGGUUUCUUGGAACACGAUGAUAAAUGGGUACCUUCGGAAUGGGAUGGCUGAGGAAUCUGUAGCCAUUUUUGAUUGGAUGAUUGAUGUGGAUGAGAAGCCUGAUCAUGCCACCUUGGUCUCUGUGUUACCUGCUUGUGCUCACUUAAAGGAUUUGCAGCGAGGGAGGGGGGUUCAUGAUUUGCUAGAGGAGAAGGGAUUGGGGAAUUACAUUCCUGUGAAGAACUCGUUACUGGAUAUGUAUGCGAAAUGUGGUAGUUUGGUUGAGGCCAGACUUGUCUUUGAUGAGAUGGGCGAGAGGGAUGUGGUGUCAUGGACGGCCAUGAUUGUAGGUUACCUUUCGAAUGGUGAUGCAACAAGUGCUUUAGCACUUGGACAUCGGAUGCAACUGGAGGGGGUAAGACCUAAUUCGGUAACCUUGGUAGCUCUCCUAUCUGCUUCUGCCAGUUUAUCGACUCUGAAGCAUGGUAAGUGCUUACAUGGGUGGGCGAUAAGGUGCAGGCUUGAAGCAGAUGUUAUGGUGGAGACUGCCCUGAUUGACAUGUACGCAAAGUGUAACCAUAUGGACCUAAGCUUUCGAGUUUUCAUGAAAGCUACAAGAAAAGGAACAGUGCCAUGGAAUGCCCUUAUCACAGGGUAUGUUCAUAACAGACUUGCAGACAAAGCAAUAAAACUUUUCAAACAAUUGUUGAUGAAAGAAGGGGUCUACCCAGAUGGUGCAACCUUGAUUAGCCUCCUUCCUGCUUAUGCUGAUCUGGCUGAUCUGCAGCAGGCCAAAAACAUACAUUGUUACUUAAUCAGUUCUGGAUUUCAUCCAAGUGUUGAAACUGCAACUGGUUUGAUUGAUAUCUACUCAAAGUGCGGAAGCCUUGAUUUUGCCCAUGAACUCUUCAAUAAGAUCCCAGAAAAAGCUAAGGACACUGUAGCAUGGAGUGCCAUCAUAGCUGGGUAUGGACUGCAUGGCGAUGGUGGAGCUGCAGUUUCACUUUUUUAUCAGAUGGUGCAGUCUGAGGUGAAACCUAAUGAAGUCACCUUCACAUCUGUUUUGCAUGCUUGCAGCCAUGCAGGGAUGGUGGAUGAGGGCUUACGUUUGUUCAAAUGUAUGAUUGACGAUCACCGAAUGAGACCUCGAAAUGAUCACUACACUUGCAUUGUUGAUCUUCUUGGCCGUGCAGGUCGACUAGAGGAGGCUUACGAACUGAUUAAAAUGAUGCCAUUUGAGCCCAGUCAUGCUGUAUGGGGUGCUCUAUUAGGUGCCUGUGUAAUACAUGAAGAUGCCAAGCUAGGAGAGGUAGCUGCAAAGCAACUUUUUGAGCUAGAGCCAGACAAUACAGGAAAUUAUGUGUUAAUGGCCAAGAUUUAUGCUGCUGCAGGAAGGUGGCAAGAUGCAGAAAAUAUAAGAAGUAUGAUGAGUGAAAUGGGAUUAAGAAAAACACCAGCUCACAGCUUGAUUGAGGUUAGAAGUGGAAUUAACGCAUAGUGAUGUCUCUUGCUGACUAAAAGUGUUUCCACUGAAAGCCAAAACGCUCCAGUGAUGAAUCAAGGUGGAUUCCUGGAUUGGAGAGUGUUGGUAGGACACUAGCUAUAGAAGAACAAAUUUGACGAGCAACAAAAGAUCCACUACCUGUGGACUUAAUCUGGUAGGGAAACAUUGUGUUUGUUUAUGGAUCUUUACCAUGAACCCAUAAUAUCUUUGUGAGCCAUUGGAGCCAUGGUACGAUGGAGUGAUUUUCUUCUUAAUGGCACUCAGGAGUUGAGUCCAUCCAGGGGUUACUGCCAAGGUGAUCGAGGUUGUGACAAGAGGCGGCAAGGCAAACCCAGCAAAG